AUGCGGCUUCUUCUCGCCGGCAAGGCAGCAGCAAUGUCAAGGGUUACUACAUUGUUGCAAAAGGGAAAGAGAGCUUUGCAAGAACUGGAACUGCUUAAAGUCUUGCAAUCAGAGAUAAGACACGAGCUUGCUAAUGAUCCUUAUAAGAAUGAAACUGGUUCCUCAGGCGAUUUUGUGAUGGAUUGGGAUUCACAACAUUCCAAAGAUGUAACUAUGCGCAAGAAGUGUGAAUCUGGUGAGGAGCUUGCUGUUUCUGCAAUACUUGGUGAGGAAACCUUUCUAGGAGAUGACUGUUAUCCCAAGGAAGUGGAUAUGAAGGUGUGCAUCAAAAAGACAGGAUUGACCUCAAUACUGCAGUUUGAUUGUAAAGUUUUGGACCAAGGUCAAGAUAGAAUUGACUUUCAUAUUCAAAAUGCAUAUUAUUUGAAGUCACCUACCGAUUUCAGUUCCUCAGUCUACAGAGUAGUUACCCCUGUUCAGGAACUUAGACCUGGUUUGCAACAAGAGCUGAAGCAGUACCUAGUUCAAGAGGAAUAG